CUUGCAGAAUAUUUUUUCCCUCUAAUGCCUGUAACAGUUGUUGCGGGUGGAGUCUUGAUUUGCUUGUAGAAACUUGACUUGCAGAGAUGCCUCACUGUUGUUCAAGCUGAGUCAGUGAGAGUCUGCGACAACCAUGGCUGCACGGUUCUGUGGAGUUGUUUUCUUCCUUACAUUGUUCCCCACUGGACUAAAUGCAGCAAGACCAGCUGUAAACCUGGAACUUUCCACUCUUUUUAACGAGCUGUGGACGCUGGAUGUGAACAGAAUGACACCUGCUGUUGACUACACAAUCUCUACUCAGGGUCGAGCAGGUUUUGUAAACCAGGGCAACCAUGUUGUUCAGGAUCACGCCUCACUGCCUCUGUUCUCCAGCGUUAAUGAAACCAAACUGAACAACAUAAACACUUUCUCCAGGUUCACAAAACUUCUGGACAACUAUGAGCACUCCACUGGCACGGCUGAACAUGUUACAGCUGAGGAGCGGACUGAGAUUAAUCUCUUCCUGGAUGCCGUCUUAGAGACAGAAGUCAUGAAGCGUGCUCAGAGGUACCUGGUGAGCAAAGGAAAGUCCAGCUCCAUCCUGAGGAUUUUUAAGAGUCAGCUGCACCUGAUCUGGUUCCAGCUCUACCGCAGACAGAGAAACGCAAACCUGGACUCCAGUGGAUUUGAGCAUGUCUUUGUCGGAGAGACAAAAUCUGGAACAGAAAUUGUUGGUUUUCACAACUGGGUCCAGUUCUACCUGCAAGAAAAAAACAGCAACUUGGACUACAAGGGAUACAAGGCCAGGGAUCAUGACUUACCCGAUCAAGACGACCACGUCCUGAACCUCCAGUUCAGCUGGCACGGUUUGGUGAAGCCCGUUGGCAGCGCCUUUAUCGGGACGAGCCCUGAGUUCGAAAUGGCCAUCUUCACCGUCGUCUUCCUCAUGAACACAGAGAGGAGCACCACCGUGCUGGUCAACAUCGACCAGUGUCAGAUUGAGCUUGUGGUCAUCAGACAUGGACGCUCCCUUGGGACGGCAUACCCCAAACUGCAAAGCAGCAACAGCCGGCAUAUUAGACAGGACUCACACUGAAGUGCAGAACCCUGUGAUGCGAAGUUAUGCUCCCAUAUAUCAAUAUAUCCAUGAAUCUCAGACAAAAAUAUGUAGAUGUUUGGUUUAAAAUGCACUAAGGGGGUUUUAAGUAAGGUCUUUUACCUGUUUUUGUAACAUAAUGAGUAAGGUCUUUUACCUGCUUUUUGUAACAUAAUGAGUAAGGUCUUUUACCUGCUUUUUGUAACAUAAUGAGUAAGGUCUUUUACCUGCUUUAUGUAACAUAAUGAGUAAGGUCUUUUACCUGCUUUAUGUAACAUAACAAUGAGUAAGGUCUUUUACCUGCUUUUUGUAACAUAACAAUGAGUAAGGUCUUUUACCUGCUUUUUGUAACAUAAUGAGUAAGGUCUUUUACCUGCUUUUUGUAACAUAAUGAGUAAGGUCUUUUACCUGCUUUAUGUAACAUAACAAUGAGUAAGGUCUUUUACCUGCUUUUUGUAACAUAAUGAGUAAGGUCUUUUACCUGCUUUAUGUAACAUAAUGAGUAAGGUCUUUUACCUGCUUUUUGUAACAUAAUGAGUAAGGUCUUUUACCUGCUUUUUGUAACAUAAUGAGUAAGGUCUUUUACCUGCUUUAUGUGACAUAACAAUGAGUAAGGUCUUUUACCUGCUUUUUGUAACAUAAUGAGUAAGGUCUUUUACCUGCUUUUUGUAACAUAAUGAGUAAGGUCUUUUACCUGCUUUAUGUAACAUAAUGAGUAAGGUCUUUUACCUGCUUUUUGUAACAUAAUGAGUAAGGUCUUUUACCUGCUUUUUGUAACAUAAUGAGUAAGGUCUUUUACCUGCUUUUUGUAACAUAAUGAGUAAGGUCUUUUACCUGCUUUAUGUAACAUAACAAUGAGUAAGGUCUUUUACCUGCUUUUUGUAACAUAAUGAGUAAGGUCUUUUACCUGCUUUUUGUAACAUAAUGAGUAAGGUCUUUUACCUGCUUUAUGUAACAUAAUGAGUAAGGUCUUUUACCUGCUUUUUGUAACAUAAUGAGUAAGGUCUUUUACCUGCUUUUUGUAACAUAAUGAGUAAGGUCUUUUACCUGCUUUUUGUAACAUAAUGAGUAAGGUCUUUUACCUGCUUUAUGUAACAUAACAAUGAGUAAGGUCUUUUACCUGCUUUUUGUAACAUAACAAUGAGUAAGGUCUUUUACCUGCUUUUUGUAACAUAACAAUGAGUAAGGUCUUUUACCUGCUUUAUGUAAAGUGUCUCGAGAUAACACUUGUUAUGAGUUGAUGCUAUACAAAUAAAAAUUGAUUGAUUGAU